AAACGAAAAGGAAAGAAAACACAAAAAAAAAAAGAGAAAGAACCAUGGCAUCAAAGACCCCAGAAACCCCUCUUAUAGUAGACAUCAAAUCCUCGUCAACAAAGCCCCCAGAGUCCUUCCCCGGACAAUCCCGCGGCAACGCAACAUGGCACACCCUCAUCUCCGCCCCAAGCACAGUCACCGACUCCCUCAGCUCCGGUGUAGCAACCUGUCCGGCAAACGGAAGCUUGGCGCUGCACCGCCACAAGCAGGCCGAGAUCUACUACGUGCUCUCCGGCAGCGGCCAGCUUGAGAUCAACGGCGUCCGGCACGCCGUGUCCAAGGACCAGCUCGUGUGGAUCCCCGGGGACACUGAGCACGGAGUGUUUUGUGACGGCGGGGAGACCAUGACGUGGCUUUAUGUUUUUCCGGAGGGAAGAUUUAGCGAUAUUGUGUAUCGAUUUAAGCAUGUGAUUUUGGGGGAGCCUGAGAUUCGGGCGAAGUUUUGAUGGGUGGAGUUUAGGUUGGAAAUCACGGCUGAAUGUAAGGAGACACGUUGGGGAAAUUGAAACGAAGUACUUGUGAGCGAAAUCCAUAUGGAGGACUUCAAGGGAGACGUGCUCUUGGUGGAAAAUAUGUAAUGUUGAAUGAAGAGUGAGAACUUCAAUGUCCUGCCUGCAUGUACCUCCCAUAUGAGUGCUCUCUGAGUGUUUACUGCGCAGAAGGAGCCAAAGCCUCAAACUCCUUAACACCAACACCACCAUACUGCCCAUUCCCGCCAGAAGCCACCAAAACCGCACGAAUACUCUUCGUCGAAACCUGGUUAAAGCUGAC